AUGGAUAGUGGAGAUUGGACGUGGAGGAUGACGAAGUGGCCUACGGAGGUGGUGGAGUUGGAUGUAGGGGAUCAGAGCCUGAGGUUGUCAAGGGCCAAGCUCAAGGCGUUCAUGCUCUCCUCGUUGCCAUCAACGACCAUGAUCACGAAUCCAAGAGUUGUAGUACUGAUGAUUCUACAAUCACUGGUUGCUGAGAGUGCAUUCAUUUACAAUGUCCUAAGUUUUGGAGCUAAGCCUAAUGGUACAACGGAUUCCACCCAAGCUUUUGUGGAUGCAUGGUCUGCAGCUUGUGCCUCCAACGAUUCCACUACCAUAAGUGUACCAAAAGGGAGGUAUUUGCUUCCCUCUGCUAUCAAGUUUAGCGGUGACAAAUGCAAAACCCUAGAUAUUACUUUCCAGAUCGACGGAACGUUGAUUGCUUCAUCUGAUUACCGUAUUCUAGGCCAAGCUGACAACUGGCUCAGCUUCGAACGAGUUACCGGUGUUUCCAUCAUUGGAGGCACACUUGAUGCCAAAGGUACCGCCUUGUGGGCUUGCAAGUUAGCUGCAAGCACUGGUUGUCCCAACGGAGCCACGAGUUUGAGAUUUACAAACUCCAAAAACGUUAGCAUCAAUGGACUAACGUCAUUGAACAGCCAAAUGUUCCACAUUGUGGUAAACGGUUGCCAAGAUGUUUACAUUCGAGGAGUCAAAGUCAAUGCGGCUAGCAAUAGCCCAAACACUGAUGGAAUCCAUGUCCAGUUGUCAAGAAAUGUUGCAAUUUUCAACACAUCCAUCAAAACUGGUGAUGAUUGCGUCUCUAUUGGCCCUGGCAUGAAGGACUUGUGGGUCGAACAAAUAUCAUGUGGACCUGGCCAUGGCAUUAGCAUAGGAAGUUUGGCCAAAGACUUGGAAGAGGAAGGAGUUCAAAAUGUGACGGUUAGAAACGCAAUUUUCAAGGGUACUCAAAAUGGGCUGAGGAUCAAGUCUUGGCCUAGACCUAGCAGCGGCUUUGUCCAAGGUGUUCAAUUUAUUGACGCUGUAAUGCUUAAUGUCCAAAAUCCUAUUGUAAUUGAUCAAAAUUACUGCCCACGCAAUAUCAACUGCCCUGCUCAGGCAUCAGGUGUGAAAAUCAGUGACGUAUUGUACCGAAACAUUCAAGGAACAUCAGGAAGAGCAGUAGCAAUAAAAUUCGAUUGCAGCGCAACAAAUCCAUGCAGUGGGAUACGACUCGAAAACGUGAGUUUGACCUACCGGAAUCAAGUGGUUCAAUCACAUUGUACCAAUGUAAAUGGAAAUACUUCUGGCAUUGUUCAACCAAAUAGUUGUCUGUAA